GAAAUUUUGGAAGCUCGGAGCGCCUUAGACAAGAUCUCUUAAAACAUCUCUAAAAAUAUAAAUCUAACUCACCUUAUUAUAAACUCAUUUUCUCAAACGUACACAAUCAAAUUCCAACCGACGUGCUGCAACUAGAGGAGAAAAAGUCUGAGUGAUCUUGUGUGUGUAAAGUUCACGCUGGUUUUUGUCUGACCCUGAAAUCUUAAGCUACAAGGGGACUCAUGUCACUCAGCAAUAAACAGACUUUUAUUAUUGUAAUAUUUGCUGACGGACAGACAGAUAAACAAUGAAAGUCAGAUAGAUGAAGGGACAGACGGACGGACAGAGAUCCACAUACGAACCAAUUGAAUUGCGUGACAAACGCACCAGAAGGUGACCCUACCCAUGGUUUAACAGGGCACUGCAAAUGUGGACCUGGAUAUGCCACGCCCAUAGCCGCCAUGAGUGGGCCACGUGAACAGAUCGUGUACCUGCCGUGUAUCCAUAACAACACACCUAUCAACAAACCGGACUACCUCGCCACUGUUGACGUGGACCCCACCUCGCCAACAUACAGUCAGGUGAUCCACAGGCUUCCCAUGCCGUACAUCGGAGAUGAAUUGCACCAUACCGGCUGGAACGCGUGCAGUAGUUGCUAUGGAGACCCUAGCAAGAGCCGAAACCGACUGAUCAUGCCCGGCCUCAUUUCAUCACGUGUUUACGUCAUCGACGUGUCCACAAACCCACGUGCUCCCAGAAUUCAUAGAAUUGUUGAACCAGAGGAAGUAUUUGCCAAGACCGGGGCCGCAAACGUUCAUGCAACUCACUGCCUGGGUAGCGGUGAGGUGAUGAUCAGUACACUCGGGACAGCAGACGGCAAAGCCAGAGGUGGGUUCAUUCUCCUGGACGGCGAGACGUUCCAUGUAAAGGGUCAGUGGGAGAGGGAUAAUGUCGGUGUACCUAUGGGUUACGACUUUUGGUACCAGCCUCGACAUAACGUCCUCAUGAGCACCGAGUGGGGCGACCCGGAGGCUUUCAUUCGGGGAUUUUAUCUGGAAGAUCUAACUUCGAACAAGUUCGGCUCCCACGUUCACGUUUGGGACUGGACCACACACGAGAAAGUCCAAACCAUGGAUUUGGGAUUCGGUACUAUUCCCUUGGAGAUCAGAUUCCUGCACGACCCCAGUCAACCACAGGGAUUUACUGGCUGUGCCCUCAGCUCAACUAUCGUCAGGUUCUUCAAAACCCCGGACAACUCUUGGAGCCACGAAACCGUUAUCACUGUGCCGCCCAAGAAAGUAGAGGGCUGGGUCCUACCGGAAAUGCCUGGUCUUAUCACGGAUAUCUUGAUCUCUCUGGAUGACAAGUACCUGUACUUCAGUAACUGGCUUCAGGGAGAUCUGAGACAGUACGACAUCACAGAUCCCAGGAACCCUAAGCUAACUGGAAGGCUUUUCAUUGGUGGCAGCAUGACGCGUAACAGCGCCGUGAAGAUGAUUCCUGAUGACGACCUGCAAGAGGCGCCCAUGGAGUGUUACGUGAAGGGAAAGAAGGUGGAGGGAGGACCGCAGAUGAUUCAACUCAGCCUGGACGGCAAGCGGCUGUAUGUCACUACCUCACUAUACAGCAAUUGGGACAAACAGUUUUACCCGGAGUUAGUUAAAAAAGGCGCUAUGCUGCUCGUGGUCGAUGUGGACCAUGUAAACGGUGGUAUGAUGCUCAACAAAGACUUCUUGGUGGACUUUGGCGAGGAACCGGAUGGUCCCACCCUGGCCCACGAGGUCCGUUAUCCUGGGGGUGACUGCUCCUCGGACAUUUGGCUCUAGACACGAUAACGCAACAAACUGGAUAAUGGACUAGAUAAGAAACUUUUAUAUGAAUAGCUUUUUAAAAAGCGUGGGAA